CUCACCUUUGCUCGACUCUCUCUCUUGAAACCGCUCUAAUCCUCCUUCGUGACCGUCUUCUGCUCACACUAUGUUCUUCUGGUCUCUUAUUUUCGCGGGUCUCUGUGGGCUGAAUUCGUUAAACCCGACGCGAGCAAGCCCCCUCAGUCCUCUAAGCGUUGAACUUCAAGUUUGCGUCCUCGACGAUGCUACUCGGGAUCAAUGCUUCUCAUCUUGUCAUGUUGUCGAGCAAGCUGUCGAGUCCUGCGCCACCGACGAUAUCUCUUGUACAUGCCGCGUGGCUCCUCCCUCCAUCCUUCACUCUUGCCUUGAAUGCCAACUCCCGGCAUCUACCCCGCCGGAUGACUUCCUGCCAUUCCGUGCCAUUCCAUCUCGUCUAGCAGACUAUGACUCAGCCUGCCGACUAAGUCCUGCGUUACCCACGAAUUACAUGGCCAACUUGGUUCAGGCGUCGAACUCCUCCAACCUUCCCUCCGAUCUUGCAACACACCUCAGCAAACGCGAGCAUUACGAGGACGACUCAUUGGCAACCCCAGAAACACCUUGUCUCCACGGCCUUCCCAUUGUCCAUUCAACCUUCCCUGCUAUCACCUUCGGAAACGCCGCGCCACUGUUGUUAUGGAUCAUUGUUGCAUGCGCUGCCGUUUACAGGUUUGCUUCUUGGCUCUCUACGAAGCCAGAGACGCUUCAGAAGCAAUGAUUUCAUAGUAUAGACCAGAAGCAUUAUCGGCGAAGAAAUGCUGGCGUCUCUUUCCCAUUCUCAUUUCAUAUCGCGAUACCCGUUGUACUUAUAUUACUCCUCCGGCCCUUGCUAUCCUUAUGACGAUCUAUGAUGAAUU